AUGAGCCGUUGGGGGCUGGCGGCGGUUAAAAUUUGAACAUGGAUAGAGGACAGAGUCACUGAAGAGGUUGUGUUCAUGGUCUUGGAGUGGCACAGCCAAGCAUCCCUGCAACAUAGCAAUUUGAACAGAUUAUCAUGUCUUUGGAUGCAAAUGAGUGGGAGUUGAGCAAAGAGAAUGUGCAGCCUCUAAGACAGGGGCGAGUGAUGGCUACACUGCAGGAAGCCUUGGCUCAGCAAGAUGUUUCCAUCCAUACAGCCAUCCAGCAGCAGAAACGGGAAUUUGAAUCUGAAAUCCGCUUUUACAGUGGAGAUGAUCCACUGGAUGUCUGGGACAGGUAUAUUAAAUGGACAGAGCAGACUUUUCCUCAAGGUGGUAAAGAGAGCAACAUCUCUGUUGUGUUGGAAAGAGCUGUUAAAGCACUGAAUGAGCAGCAAAGAUAUUACCAAGAUCCACGGUACCUCAGCCUCUGGCUUAAAUUUGGGAACUGUUGUAGUGAACCUUUGGACCUGUAUAGUUAUUUGCACAGUCAGGCAAUAGGCACAUCACUAGCACAACUCUAUAUCACCUGGGCAGAGGAACUUGAGGCAAGAGGAAAUUACAAGAAAGCUGACUCGGUAUUUCAGGAUGGAAUCAUGUGCAAAGCUGAGCCAUUGGAUAAACUACUGUCCCAUCACAGGCAGUUCCAGGCCCGUGUGUCUCGGCAGGUCUUGGAAGAUCUAGAGGCUGAUGUUGAUGAGGAGGAGCAGUUGGGCGGUCCUGCUUCUGAACCCCAAAGAACCACAUUGGCAGAACUGAAAGGGAGAGGAAAGAAAAUAGUGAAAGCCCCAAUUAAUCGUGUAGGAAAUGCUAUAAAGUUGCCGUGCCAAGGGCAGAGACUUCAAAAUCUAUCAUCUCAGCAAGCAUCAAAUCGCCCAACUUUUGCUGUAUUUGAUGAAAACAAAGUUGCAGAUUGUAGAACAGAGCUUCCAGCACUUGUACCACAGCCAUGGGUGGUAGCUCCAGUGGCAAAAGCUAAGGAGAAUGAAUUAAAGGCAGGACCUUGGACCAUGGGCAGGCGUCCCCGGAGCAAUGCAGAUUCUGGUUCUGUGGCUCCAGUUGUGACUCCCAGUUUUACUCCAUAUGUUGAAGAAUCUGCACAGCAACAAGCCAUGACUCCUUGUAAAAUAGAGCCUAGCAUCAACUGUGUCUUAAGUGCCAGAAAGCCUGGGAAAGAGGAAGAUCCAUUACAUCGUGUGCAAAGCCAUCAGCAAGAUGGUCAGGAAAAGAAAGAACAGCCUAUGUAUUGUAAAGAUAAGGUAUAUGCUGGAGUGGAAGAGUUUUCUUUGGAGGAGAUCAGAGCUGAGAUCUACAGAAAGCAAGCAAAGAAGAAAAGAGAAGAGGAACUAGAGACCAUAGCACAGAAGAAAGCUGAAUUACAAAGAAAAAUUGAGGAGAUGGAAAAAGUUGAGAGAAAACAGCAAGGAAAUGAUAAGCAAAGCUCAUGUGUGCAGCAGCAAGUAGUGGAACAGGAGCCUGUGGCUAUGUUUUCUGAUAUGGCUGAGGAUCUGAAACCUGUGACCAAAAGGCAGCAUGCACUGAUGGAUACUGAAGCACUGACUGAAGGAUUUCUUUCAAGCUGUUUUGCUUUGAAAAGCAAUUCUGAACUUGACAGAAAUGCUCAAUGCGAGAAGUCAAGCUAUACCGAUUCUGUGAUCCCCCUUGCAAUAGAUUCUGUGCCUUUUUCUAUUUUUGAUGAGUCAUCUGCUUUAGAAAAUGAGCAUACUAGUCUUUCUACAGGCCCUUCACUAGUACAUGCCAAAUUUCCUCUUGUGGUUCGCAAACCUUCAGAAAGUAUUACUGCCAAGGAAAACAUACCUCCUGAAUAUUCUGAGCCACUCUAUGGAACUGAACCCUUGAGUGAAGAUGCAAUUGUUACAGGCUCAUAUAAAAACAAAACUCUCUGUUCUAAUCCUGAAGACACGUGUGACUUUGCUAGGACUGCCCACCUGGCAUCCACCCCUUUCCAUGGCAUGGUAGAACAGAGAAAUCAGCCUGAUGGCAAACCAAAGGAAGAACUUCCAGAAUCAAAGACAAUAUCUCUGAGCCAGCAAACAGUUGUGAGUGAGGAGCAGUAUGCUGAGGCACUCAUUGUGAAAAAACUGAGUCCAAUUAUGGAGGCAAGUCAGGAAGAUACCAGAUCUUCUGCAUCUUCAGGUUCCCCUACACAAAUCUCCACCGUGAAAUUCCAACAAAUUCCAGAGAAGCUGGAAUUGGUUCAUAGCUGUACGGAUGAAAUCAUCAGUGAUGUUGAAAGUGCUUCUAUUGAUUCUCCUGAAUUAUUGAAGAAUGCUGAGCAACGCAAACAGCUUUUGCAACCUCUUCCAGACUUAUUGACAAAUUCUGCUGACUUUAAACUGGAGGCUCAGCCUAUGCCUUGGAUAGAACUAGAAAAAGAAGUGCAUCUUGGGGAUGACGUUUACUCUAUCACUCGAGAGUAUUGCAUCAGUGGGGAUGACAAAAUGUUCUCUGCUGUACCAGCCAACUUUGCACAUGAUGUCUCAAAAGCAUUUUUAAUAAAGGUGCACUCAGAAUCUGUGCCAUGGGACUUUUACAUUUUGCUGCAACUACAAGCGCGUCUAGAUGCUGCAUUCGAUCAGAACUUCAGUGAAAACUGCACUUGUUUCUUAUAUCACAAUGGUUGUGUGACUCUGCAUAAGGAGAUAAACUGCAUUACUCUCCAGGAUAUGAUCCAGAGUUGUAAAGUUAUUCCACAGGAAGUAGUCAUGCUAAUUGCUGACAAUCUCCUAGAGGUGAUCGAGAAACUGCAUAAGGCAGAGAUAGUUCUUGGGAAUCUGGAUCCAGCAACAUUGUUCUUAGGAGACAGAAUUUGCAACCCAUUUGUCGAGGUUGAAACUACCAGGGCUCUGAAGAUAGUGGAUUUUUCCCACAGCCUAGACCUGCAAAUACAGCAAGCAGUGAAUUCACUGAAGAACUUUCCAGUAGCUCAGACCCAGUAUGGGCAGCAGAUCCUUAAUGAAAAAUCUCUUCCUUACCAGGUGGACUUGCUUGGCAUUGCAAACAUAGUCCAUCUGAUGUUGUUUGGAGAGCAUAUGCAAGUACAUCAAGAAAAAGGCUACUGGAAAACUAAUGGAGACUUAUCCCAGUUUGUUGACAGUGAUUUGUGGAGUAAAUUCUUUGAAAGAAUUUUGAAUGCAAAUGAUAAGUCUACUGUGCUUCUGGGAGAACUGAGAGAGGAACUGAAUAGCACAUUUGACAGUUCUUUCCCUGAACGCCUCUGUGAUUCCUUGACAAACUUGGAAGACAUCCUUCAUGUUAGAAAUGUAUUCUGAACCAGGGAAAGAAUUCAUCUGGUUUUGCACCAUUUUUCUGUCCUCCCACAGCCACCCCCAAAGCAAGCAAAAAAAGCUCAUGCUUGCUUCUGUUUCACUGUGUAAAACCGUUGAAAUCGCUUCCUCAGUUAUUUUUACAUUACUUGUUAAAAAAAUCACUGCUGAUACUUUAUGUACAGUUUCUGUCCCCUGAAAAAUCUCUUUGUACCAUUAAAACCUGCUUGUGUAUAGUUUUUCAAAUAUCUUCACUGCUUGUUUUCAUCAUCCUUGCAUUGUUACAAAUUUGUAAAUUUGCCUUAUCCUUUUCUUGUAAUCACUGUUGAAUAAAACUGUUUUGUGACCACCUA